AUGCAGACUUCAAUCACUCGCUCAUCGACCUCACAUCUCUCCCCGGAAGUCACAGGCGCUACUCUUGAUCCCCAGGUCCUGAACUCGCAGCAACAACGCACGACGCAAACUUCGAGAUCAAGGUACGUUAUGGAUGCCGCAAGUCGGAACACGUCUUUCUCCUCAUUGAACGAAUCAUACCUGGACCGCGCGGAGACGAAGUCGCAACCCAUCAAUGUCGUCCGCCCCGACAUGCGCCGCAGCUCUUCCGCAGAACAUAACGCGCUCAUGCGACAGAUCAUGGCCCCGUGGGGAUCUCUCUCUUCAACGCCGCCAGGAUGUCGCGCGGUCAGCUACAGCAGCUGGCGCCGCUUCUCAGCUACCUCAUCAAACCAGAGCAAGUCCCGCAAUGAGAUGACGGCCUCGGCACUUCUCGAAGUGAAUGGCCUGGCACCUGAGUUUGACCCGCCGGUGCUUGAACGAUGUAACCUUAGCAUCGCCGAGGAGGUGCUGUGCGGAAAUCCCACGGCCGAGCAACUGCCAGAAUUACCCCAGGUUAGAUACAACGUCCGGGGCCAGCGCUACCACCCGCGCUUCCAGCGCACACAAUCCAGCCGAACAAGCUCGACAGGCUCCUGGACGACGCUCACGAGCGACGGUAUUUCUCCUCCAGGAGCACCAAAACCGAUCGCUUUCAAGAAGCAAAUGGUCAGACCGACUAGGACGAGCUCUCUCCUUACGAUGGGCUUCAAGGGCUCGCCGAAGACAUCUCAGCGUACGGAGCCACCGAGAGAAGCGUUGGUCAAGAUUGGGAAGGAGUUCGGUAUCGAGAGCCUGAGCAUUGAUGAUCUGCCCGAGGAUGCCUUCGAAUCGGACAGCGAGAAUGAAGACUGA